AUGGAAGAGUGGGGCUUCUGCGCCGGCGAUGAGGUUGAGCUCAGGGGCCUGUCCAAACUGGAGCUCAAUGGGCAGCGGGGCACUGUGCUUCCGUUGGAGUUUCCGGAGCAGGCUCAGCAGCUGGGGCGUCUGGCUGUCAUGCUCCACUCGGGCAAACGGCUGUCUCUGAAGGUGGGGAAUCUGCACAAGGUGAAGCUCGAAGCCGCUAGUGGGGGGGAUCUAGGAGAAGAAUGGUCUGCUUCGUUGCGGCAUGGUACUUCGCGUCCCCUGCGUGCACCUGUGGCACCGGGUCGGGAACUGGUGGUAAUGACCCUGAACAUGCAGUACCUGGCUAACUUUCCGCAGGACCCGACGGUUGCGAGGCCGCCAUAG